AUGCCUGCCUUUACUCUCUAUGGCGCUCGUGGCUCCACCAACACUGAUAGAGUCCGUUUGACCCUUGCAGAAGGUGGUUUCAACGAUUAUGAGUUUGUCUUACUUGACCUUGCAAAGGGCGAACAGAAGUCAAAAGAUCACUUCACUCGCCACCCGUGGGGCAAAGUCCCAGCAGUCACAUUCCCCGAUGGCUUCACCCUUUAUGAAUCUCGUGCAAUCUGCACCUACCUUACCCGAAAAUACUCCUUCCCCCUCCUCCCCUCACCAACAGACCUUGAAGCCUGCGCGCUUUUCGACCAAGCUCAAUCUGUCGAAACACAGUACUUUGCAGAGCCUGCCGGCCGAAUCGCCUUUGAGAAGUUCGCCAAGAAGUUCAUCGGUAUACCAGCUGAUGAAAAGGUUGUGUCUGAUUCGUUGAAAGCUGUGGAGGCGUUCUUUGAUGUAGCGGAGAAGAUGCUGGGAGGGAGAAAGUAUAUGGCUGGUGAUGAGUUUACGCUUGUGGAUUUGUAUUAUGUUCCGCUUGUUAAGAGGUUGUUUGUUUGUGGGUUUGGGGAUGUUGUUACUGAGAGGAAGAAUGUGGGGGAGUGGUGGGAGAGGGUUAGUGGAAGGCCUGCCGUGAAGGAGGUUAUAGAUGGAUGA